UUCGAGUACUCUCUAUAUAACCCCUGCCUCCUCCUCCACCGUAAACCCUACUGGUUCAGCUUCACGCCGGCAGGGUUUCCAGGUGGUGAUUUGGGAAUAUAACCAGAGCUUCUUCGUCGGCAUCAAUGGCUCCACCUAAAGCUAAUGUUUCAAAAAAGGCUGACCCAAAGUCACAAGCCGUGAAGGCUGCAAGGGCUUUGAAAUCUGGCCCUGCUGUUAAAAAAGUUAAGAAGAUCAGAACCUCAGUUACAUUUCACCGGCCUAGGACAUUGAAAAAGGAGAGGAACCCUAAGUACCCUCGUAUUAGUGCUACACCGAGGAACAAGCUUGAUCAUUAUCAAAUAUUGAAAUAUCCUCUUACCACUGAGUCUGCAAUGAAGAAGAUUGAAGAUAACAACACUUUGGUCUUUAUUGUUGACAUACGUGCUGACAAGAAGAAAAUCAAGGAUGCAGUCAAGAAGAUGUACGACAUUCAGACCAAGAAAGUGAAUACCCUGAUCAGGCCCGAUGGUACCAAAAAGGCUUAUGUUAGGCUAACCCCUGACUACGAUGCUUUGGAUGUUGCAAACAAAAUCGGUAUCAUCUAAGUUCAUGGCAAAGCCUUGCAAAGAGGGGAGUUCUGUGAGUUUGCGGUGGCUCUGUUUUAGUUUUGAAGUUGCAACACCUUGUAGGCGUGAAAGGUUAAUCUAUUUUGGAACAUUAUUUAUGUUUUCAUAUGCGACGACGUUUUUACAUAUUAAGGAAUGGUUAAUAACUAAAUGUGUUAUGAA